GAACCUAAUCCGCUCCUCUGGAGGCAGCCCGCCCACUCUUAAAUUCAAAAAAUCAGAAAUGGAGAGAGGUCGGCAUCCAAAACCCCUUUCCUUCGCCUGAGAGGAAGAAGAAGAUCCCAGAAACCCCAUUUCAACCAAUCCAAAGGGGAAGAUUAUGCCAGAAGCCAGAGAUGGACUGCCCGUUGGCAGGACUGGGCCUGGAGAUCGACCACAGGGUUUCCGGAUCCGACGCGGGUUCUAUGUCGCUGCAGCUCCUGUGGGGCCGAGAGACAGGCAGGCCAGGAACCUGUUCGGAUCGCCAUCGGAUAACAAGGAGAAUAUCCCACAGGAGAGUUCGAGUUCGCAGCGUCGCCGGGGCCGCCCGAGGAAAAGCCCAUUGCCGUCUUGGUAUCCUCGCACGCCCCUGCGUGACAUCACUGCAGUUGUUCAUGCGAUUGAGAGGAGAAGGGCUCGUCUGAGAGCAGCUGCUGAGCUUCGCCGGAGAAACCAAGAAAGUGCAGACUCCUCUCCCUUCCCUUUACUCACCAGUCGUUCAAGACAGGAAUUGAGUAUUUCCGAACAGAUUCCCCCUCCCAUUCAAGACCAAGACCCGCUACUUGACAUUUCUGAUUCUUCCCUUGAUCUAACAGAUACAAUUGAAAAAUCCCCACGGCCUGUUGAACACCCCCUUGGAAUCUCCCCGGAUAUCAACAAAACAGCCACCUAUGACUUGAACCCAACCACUGUCGAGAAGAAAUGCCAGGAUUCGAUCGAUCAAAUUCAAAGGUUUGUGAUGGAAAGUAUGCAGCCGGUGGCUAAGAUGAAUGUGCUAACAAAGAAGAAACCGGAGAGGAGCACGUUGAUGUCGAUGCGGUGAUUGAAACAAAUCGUUUCAUAUGUGAAAGUGGCAUUUCAAAGGAGAAGAAUUGAUUGAUGAGAUUCAUCUUCUGAUGACAGUUCUCUUUUCUAACCCAAAUUGCUGAUAAAGAAGGGAAGUUUUCACUUUUCACAAUCCAAGAAAAAAAAACAUUUUGUUGUACACGGUACUGCUGUUUUUUCUGUUCUAGUUUGUUUCCUUCACUGAAUUCUCUUCUGGGGUAGGAUAGGUUUGUAACCCUGUACAUUUAGGCCAUUCCUAGUCUGUUACUUGAGAAGGUCCUCCCAUUUGUAUAUGAUUCUGCCCUGAUGCAACGAAGAAACAGUUCGAUUUCUUUCAAAAGGAAUUUAUGUGUUUCACAUGUUGUUCUUGCUGA